AGUUUGCUCUAUUAAUUUUUUUGCCAAUUAAUAUAAAACUAUAGUGUGAAUAAUAAAGCUUUUCAUUGCUUUGCCUAAACAAUUAGGGCAAAAGUAAAGCAACUGUGAGAUGCCUGAGCCAUCACUUGAUUGUGCUGUUGUCCUGCACUAUAGGAAACAAGUCGCUGCCAGGGUACAAAGUUUUUAUAUUUUGCAGUUUUGUCCUCAGAGAAAAAUACUUUUACGAUGCUAUAAAUAGCACCUGUGCUAUGUGUUGACUUUUUUAAUCCUAUUUUCUUAUUCAGCUCACCAGGACAGUUAUCUAGAACAAUUUUCUCUGUCAAUCUCAAAUGGGGAUCUUCCGUGUAAGAACAAAUGUAAAGUAAAGAAAAUUCAGGAAGACGGUCCAUUACUAGGUAAAUUUAUUCUUAAAUUCUGGGAAAACCUUGAGGCCAUCAUACAAAAACAAGCAAUCGGCUGUGUACUUCAGGUCUUUGCAGCUGUUCUGCUUAAAGCCAUAAAGAAGAUCCAACCAGCCACAGUCGAUCCACCUAUACCUAUCAAACAACUUGUCAACAUUUUGCAUUGCUUUGCAUUAAUUUGUUUGACGGAUGACAAGAAGUUGCACACUUUGCAUUCAGUUUUGGGCUCUUUCGUUGCCUUGGAUAUUUCUCCAAGACAACUCACCCUUUAAAGUCCUAUCUGUUACAUCUCGUCGCCGUAACGUCAACGCCAUUUCCACAACUGCAUGAAAUGCUUUAUGAUCCGUUUAAAGGUAAUAUGGAAUAGUAGAAAUCCAUUCAUCUAUCAUCUAGAAGGCGGGGUACACCGUGGACAGAAACUGAGUUUUAUUUAGUUCGCAUUACAGUAUAGGGGAUCCGAUUCAGUUCCCGGAUGUGUUCAAUUCGUAUAUUUAUAAUAUAAACCAAUAUGUAUGUAUACAACCAAUCACAUCACAGUCCCUAUUGCAACAAGAAUGUGUACAAUAUUGCAAUCACAAAUUAUCGAACGGAUUAAUAUUUAUUGGGCUACAAUACUUAAGGUGCCAUCCAUUAAAAUUCUGCCUGAUGAUAAUAUAUUUAGCCAUUUGCAUUUAUUUUUACUUUUAAUGCCUAUUUGUGACUGUUAUCAGAAAGCUUAUAGAGAGUGGUAUACGCAUUGUGAUGAAGGAAAGAAAAAGAGUUGUGAGAUAAAUGUGCUUUUAUCACAACCAGUAUUGUCGCAAUAUUUAGAAAGAACAUUUCAAUAUCAUUCUUAAAUUGUAUGCAUUCCCCGUAAUUUUUAUGCCAUCCAUGCUGAUCCAGAUGAUUUUUUUUCCCCAUGUCACACAAGGAAACAAUGCAUUUGAUGUGUGGCCCCACCAGUUCAUCUGCAUGUGGGGCCACACAUGAACUGAAAUGUUGUGAAUUAGAAGCUGACAAAGCCAUCAUCCUAAACACUUAAACACCUCUGCUCUUUCUCAUAGAAAUCAUUUGAAGAAAGUAAUAAACACAUUCUGUCAUUAUCCUGGCAUUUAACUAACAAUACCCAGCUCUUUUGACCUAACUCACACAGUUUUAAAACCAAAUCUACAAAAUACUAAGAAAUCGUAUAUAAACUUGGUCUGUGGUGGAGACUUGUGGCAGCAAAAGCAGCAGAAGAAACAUUUGCAAGACAUGAGGCCCAUCUACACUGCCAUGACUUAGCAGUGACCAUAGUGGCCCUGAGUCGAGGCGAUUUAUCUCCUUUAUGUACUAGCGUAGCUGCAUCCCAGUGCUGUCCCAUAGAGUCGUUUAAGGCUGCAGCUGUGGGUGUGGUGUAGUCUUUGACAAACUGGGUAGGAUCAUCAUAGUAAAAUACUAGCUGUAAACAGAGAGUGGUGAGGUCACAGGAAGCCAUCUUAAGUUUAUGGAAAAUAGGCAGGCACACUUUAGCAGUGUCGGAUUUGCCUUCUCUCUAAAUAAGGUUUUCCAAAUUUCCUGCAAUCCAGCUAAGUUCUAAUUAAUCACGGUGAGACCAUACCGGCAUCAUUAUUCAAAUUAAAGAAGGCUUAAAAACAUUCUGGAAUAAAAACUCGUCACCUGCUUAACACAGUUGGUGCUUAAGAAAAAGGAAACAAUUUUCACUUUAAAAGGAUCUUAAUUCUCUUGGAUAAUUUGGAACGUCUCUAAGCAGUAGCCCGGUGGUGUAAUAAACUGCAGAGGUAAUAUCUAUUCAGCCACAUUUCAACAUGAUGCCAGGAUUAUCAAUGAUGCUUCAUUAUAAAAAGGUUUUUGAAGUGCUUAGUUCCUUGGUUUAUAUUCAAGAAAUGUUUCAAACUCGUCCCGUGUGACAACGAACGGCUCUGGUUCCAGAUGUGAUGGAAAAUGUGCAGAAACCGUUCCAGCUGACUUGUAAAAAGACUGAGCAUUUAUACUGGUAAGACUUUAAAAAGUUAAGUUGUAAAGCAACUGAAUUAGACGAACUAGACAAAAUACCACAUGUAUCCGGGCUUGCAUCUGAGAAUAAAAGUGAAAAACUAAAAACAAAAACCUUUGGCUUCAGAUACAAGCUCUGAUAAUGUGGGGGUUUGUCUUGUUGAAAUCACAACCUUCAGGGUGAUUUAUUUAUGUUUUAUGUGACAGAUCGUCAAAAACAUAGAGCAUAUUCAUAAAGCGAAAGGGCACAAGGUUUUUAAAUUUGUAUUCAUGUAGAUUUUAUUUUUAAAACAAUGCCUUGCCUUUAUAUUUAGCUCAACUCUGCUAAUGCUUUUCAGAGCCUCGUAUGACUGCACUUAAACCUGCAACUGGCGUGUCCCUACCAGUUUUGAACAUAUAGAGACAAUUUAUUUAUUUAUUUUUUUUCAACCACUUAUUUGAUAGAGAGAGUCGACGCAGAGCAGUUUUUAAGUGUUGCCACAGAUUCGAAAUGGAAGUUUGGUCUGGACUUUGACUGGACUAUUUCAAAACAAGUACAUGCUUUAAUAUAAACCUCUCUAGUGUAGCUCUUUCUGCAUGUUUAUGGUUAUUUCCCAUAAAUAACCAUAGGGGUUCGCCUUUAGGCAUCAAGAUGAACUGUUUCCUGAGUCUCAAGUCUUCUGCAGCCUAACAGUCCUUAGCGGCCCUAGCUUCUGACCAUUGACGGCUGGACUGUAUUUUAUUUAGGCAUCAAAUAAAAUGCAUAAAAAUUCUUGGAUGCAGUGACACAAAAUGUGAUCAGAUCAAAUGAUAUAAAUACUGCUCUAGAUUUAUUUUCUACUCCGUACACCAAGGGUUGCAAUAACUUCCAGAGCAGCUCCACUAACCUAUUGACAGAUUUCACAUUUAUAAAAUUAAAGCACCGCCGACCUCCAGAUCCCAAAGUAGGAGACCGACAUCUGAGGGUGUCAAAUGGAAAGCAGGUAAAACAUUAACUUUUGUUCUGCUGACAAGAUACUGCCACUGCUUCCUUAUUAGUGGAAACGGGGGAAAGCUUGGGAGCAGAUGUCGCUCGCUAAUUGAGGAAAAGAGUUUGGCCGUUACCUCGGUAACCCAGAAAUCAGCACCCAUGCUCCUCUGACCAAUCAGACUGAAGACGUUGCCGUUCAGAGAGAAAUACAACAUCAGCCUGAGCAGCUGUGAUGUUAAGCAGGACUGCCUUUUUCAAAAUACCUCAUUUCUUUUUUUAAGAAGAAUGCAUUUUUCUGAAGUAACAGGACAUCUAUUUGGAGAACUUCACAAGAACUACUUAACAUAGAAAUUCAAUAUUCCUCUUUUUUAGAGCACUUUUAUGCUUUUUCUGACCUUGGGCACCAGCAAUUUUUUUGUCUUUUUCUGGUGUUGUGGGGGAGGGGGGCGUUAAUGGCGUGGUUUCACCUGGCUCGGGUCAAAGUGAACUGGACAGCACUUUUAAUUUUGGCCCACUUCACAUACCUGCUGAUCGGGGCCAUCAUCUUCCAGAUUCUGGAAAGAGAAGCCGAGAGCAACAACAGAAACCACUUUCAGCUGGAGAAAUUACACUUCCUGGCUAAUUACACCUGCUUGGAUGGUCCUGCCUUGGAGAAGUUUGUCCAGGUGAUUUUAUAUGCCUGGGAAAAGGGAGUGAACCCCUCAGGCAACUCAACCAACCCCAGCAACUGGGAUUUCAGCAGCUCCUUCUUUUUUGCAGGCACUGUCGUCACAACCAUUGGUUACGGAAACCUCUCCCCGAGCACCGUGUCCGGUCAGGUGUUUUGUGUGUUUUACGCUCUCUGUGGUAUUCCUCUGAACCUGGCUUUCCUGAAGCAAAUGGGCAAGUGUCUGACCAUUCAUCUGGGUCGGCUAGAGACAGGAAUGGUGGCGGUUGUCCCUCACAAGAAAGCCGUGGAAGCCCUGGCAGUCAGUUUGUUCUUCAUCACCGGCAGCCUGCUGUUUCUCGUCAUCCCUCCUCUUCUGUUCAGUUAUGUGGAAAGCUGGACGUUUGGAGAGGCCUUCUACUUUGCCUUCAUUACCCUCAGCACUAUUGGUUUUGGAGAUUAUGUAGUGGGCACCGACCCAGGGAAGGAGUACAUCUCCCUGUACCGCUGCCUUGCGGGGAUUUGGAUCAUCUUUGCGCUUGCUUGGCUCGCGCUUAUCCUCAACAUGGGAGUGAGGAUCAUGGAGAACCUGGUUAUCCUGACUCACCCGGGUUUUAAGAAGCACAAAGAAGAGGAUGAGGAAGUUUCCUCCAGUAAAUUAGAAGUCACAUCAAAGAUCUGACAAUGGACUUUAAAAUUCUUUCAAGUAAUAUUAUUCUGCAGGUUAAUACUUUAUUUAAUGUUUAUUUUUUCUCUCUCUCUAAGAUCUCUCUUAAUACAAGAAGAGGCAACAGCAGUUUUAAUACAUAUAUAUAUAUAUUGGUGAUAUAUUGUGUUCUACCUCAGUGUGAAAGCCUGCUUGAUCGGGGAUCAUCUGUUUUUUCCAUUAUAUGAUUGGUGUUUAUCUUCUCCUUGUUCUCUUCUGAUUCCCACCCGUAUGAUUAGAUGUUCAAACAGGAAGCUCAGAUCUGGGCUGUUAUUUCAUGACACCGUGUCACAUAGUGUGUGUGCGUGUUCGUGUGUGUGUGUGUGCGUGUGUGUGGGUGUGU